AUGUUGAAUAUAGCAAAAUCAACAGAAUCUCGUAAUACACUUUUAAGAAAAUUAGGUAUAUUUGGAUCAAUAGCUAUUGGAUUAUUUAUUAUUGGUAAAAAACAUAUUGCUUAUCAAAAAAAACAUCGUCAUGAAUUAGAAUCUGAUUCAAGUACAUUAUCAUCAAGACAUCAAGAUGAAGAAUUUGGAUAUAUUUCAUCAAGACCAGGGUUCCCUUUAACUAAUCCAAAUUUAGAUUAUACUUCACCUGAUCGUAAAUCAAAAUAUGUUGGUUCUGGUGAUUCAUUUAGUACUAGACGUCCUGGUGAUAGAUUAUCAAUGUGGAAUAUGAUUAAAAUGAGAUGGUUCUCUGAUGAAAUUGAAGAAAGUAAAUAUUAUACUCCUAGUCGAAAUGAUAAACUUGAUAAAUAA